AUGUUGGGAGGCACCAUCACUUCGUCGGAAUCAGUCUAUCGAUCGUCGUCUCAUCCGGCCUCGCAUCAGCCUUCGUCACAUCUGGAGACCGGCAGCUCCAGAUCGGCCUCUUCCAAUAACACCCCCACCUCAUCCACAGCCCCGCCGUCAACCUCCGCCGCCGGCUCUGGUCGCCUUCCCUCCCACCCAACCCAUGAUGUACCGGCCUACAUCAACCGGCCCUCUCACUCCCAUCCCAGUUCCCAACCGUCCACGCGAGCCUCCUCCGCCACUCCGGGCUCAACCGAUACUCACCCUCCUUCAGCCUCAAUGACCUCAACCACUAAUUAUCUAUCGCGCCCAGAGUCUGCCUCGCACCCCGCCGCGCAUCCAUCUCAUCACCUCGGUGGCCAUGCACCUACCUCGGCGCCACACACGGGGAGUCAGUCCUCUCCCGUUUCUCCUCAGCUGAGACCAACCUUCCAGUCGCUCCGUUCGCUGGGCGGAUCUGAGGCCAGCUCCCCUAGUCGGAUCAAGGUCCGAGAUCUGUCACAUAUCCAAAGCUUUGCUAGUGAAGAGUUCCUCGCGCAGAGGGAUCGCACCCCGGGGCAGUGGACCCAGGAGCGCCAGUACGAGAUUAGUUCCAUGCCGGUCACGGACAUAAUCGAGAUGGUUGCUGGGCUCCUGAUGAAAAUCACGACCACCAAUGACAUGCAUCACGAGUCGGUUCAUCGACAUAUUCCUCCCCCGGAUGGCACCACCACCCUGAGUCCGCAAGCAACCAGUGUGCUUGCGUUUCAUGGCAAGAACGUGCCCAGCAUUAGUAUCCUCAGCUAUUUGACGAGGAUUCAUAAGUAUUGUCCCACGACUUACGAGGUCUUUCUCAGUCUGUUGGUGUACUUUGAUCGGAUGACGGAGCUGGUCAAUAAGGGCCAGCUGGACCGAUUGCGGCGUCGCUGGGACCACGUGCAGGAUGGUUCGCGCCCAGCAUCAUCGGAGCGGUCGAGUACACAUCCGACACACGCGUCGCCCCUGGUAACCCCUCCCUCCUCGGCAGGAAUCACUGCCCAGGACCCAUCCACUCCGGCGUCGAUGUCGCCCUCUCUACAACCACAAGAGGAAGAGGAUCAAUUCUCGCACUUUUUUGUUGUCGAUAGUUUCAACAUUCACCGGCUCGUUAUCGCAGGCGUAACCUGUGCCAGUAAAUUCUUCUCGGACGUUUUUUACACUAAUUCUCGAUAUGCCAAGGUUGGCGGACUUCCGCUGGUUGAACUCAACCACCUGGAACUUCAAUUCUUACUGUUAAACGACUUUCGAUUGUCGAUCGCGGUGGAGGAGCUGGAAGCAUACGGGACUAUGCUUGUGGAGUUUUAUGCGCGAGAAAUCGUCGCCCAACAACAGCAGCAGCUCUCUCAACCGGCGAUUCCCCGGUCGAUAGACGCGGAGGCUCCCUCCGAAGGGAUGUACAUGCGAACGCGCGAGAAGCCACGGGAUCAACCCGAAAUACGCCAAACCCCGACUCCACCUUAG